CUUUAACUGUUCAGUACAUUCAACAAAUUUAUACCUUGAAAGGUUACACAGCCACAGCUGGACACAGGAAGAUUUCGCGCUCGCUGUUUAAGAAGUGUCUACAAUCUAUGUUCUAGUUGUUUUACCGCUAGUGACUCACGUAGUGUACUUUCGAACAUUCGAAACGCUUGUACGAAACACUGAAGGAUAAUCACCUGUGUACGAAACACUGAAGGAUAAUCACCUUUGUACGAAACACUGAAGGAUAAUCACCAUGCAUCCACCAAUUGGGUUAAUCAGCUCCACUAUGCAGCCGAUUAUAGGAGAACAGCAACCAGUCAAGAGGAAGUCGCACAUUGUAACAGAAGAAAAGUUUUACGCAAAUGGCAUAGAAUAUUCUGUACAUGAUGCACCCCAACGAAUGCGAAAGGAGAUGCCAAAUGUUUUUCCUGGUGUGGAUUUCAAAGGCUUACUUAUCAUCCCAACGUUCCAGCGAACGGAUUUAGAUUUGACAUCCAUAGGCCCAGCCAUUGAAGAGGUGAAAGACGAUUGUUUAGAAAAGUUUCAUCGCUGGGGAAGUGCGGUCUGCAACGCGAUAGUGGAAAGAGGUUACUGGGCAGAUUUGGCAGAUCCGGCCACAGGAUAUCCAAUGUUAGGCGAGCCCGGUACCAGCUUCUACCCAGAGGUCAUUGGAGCUCAAACAUUGCUAGGAUACGAUAUGAUACUGACUGGCUGUUGUCAGAUGUUAUGCCAUCCAUUGUAUGGAACGAAAGUAUAUCCGGCAUCAAUGUUCACCACUGCCCCCAGGGAUGUCCUGGCGGAAUGUUUUGCUCAAUGUACUGAUGCCGCAUAGCUACUGUUAUGCGACGUUUGGGAACCUGAGGAAUUGAAUCGGGUCAUGGUAGAACAUGGACCGAUAGUGAAAUGCUGUGUCACGAGGAAGAAGAAAAAAAAAGUUAGUGACAUGCACGCGUGAGCCUUCGCGCUGCCAGCAGCAUCAGUAUCUGCAGCAUCGGCAAUUUGCCCCUAUCAUGAUCAUCGCUCGUGCAGGAUACACCAUUACUAUAUUUCUAGAAAAUAACCAAAUCUAUAUCCGGUGACGAUUGACUAUUUGGAACUAGUUUUCCUGUAAUUGCGUGAGUAUAGAGAUACGUCGUUAUCUGAUGCUCUCGAGAACAACGAAGUUUGAGAAACGCAUGUAUGCAUCUCGAGAACGAAGCACGUAUACCUGCGACCAUAGCAUAUUUCUGGAAUAUACAGAUGUAGUACAUCGCAGAUGACUACAGCCAAUAUGAUUUCUGAAAAUCUACCACUGCGUCACCACUGUGAUGGCAUAUCAGUGAAUUAAAAUCACAAGAACAAUUUCUAUUAUAUAGAGCUUUGUUAGUAGUAAACCUCGUUGGAUUUGAGAAACUGG